AUGUGUCCAAAGACUGAUGAAGAACGACAACGAAUGUAUGAGGUGUCAUAUGCUUCGGCAGUAGGUAAUCUCAUGUAUGCCAUGUUAUGUACACGACCAGACAUUGCUUUUGCAGUUAAUGUAGUAAGCAAAUAUCAGUCAAAUCUUGGAGAAAGACACUGGACAACAAUAAAAGCCAUCCUGAAGUAUUUAAGAAGAACCAAGGAAUUGAUACUAGGUUAUGGGGGUUUAGAGUUGACGCUCAAAGGAUACUCAGAUUCUGAUUUUCAGUCAGAUGUAGACGAUAGAAAGUCUACGUCUGCAUUUAUUUUUGUUUGUAAUGAAGGUGCAGUCAGUUGGAAAAGUGCCAAACAAUCGACUACUGUAGACUCUACUACAGAAGCUGAGUAUAUUGUCGCUUUAGAAGCUACAAAAGAGGCAAAGGAACUAAGAGCGCAUCAAAAGUCAAAACAUGUUCAACGAAAAUAUCACAUCUUGAGAGAAUUUAUUGGAGUUGGAGAUAUUGUCAUUCAGAAGAUUGCUUCGAUAGACAAUCUUACAGAUCCACUAACUAAAGCACUGACGCAAAGACUGUUGGACCAACAUCUAGAGAGGAUGGGCAUUAGGUACUACAACGAUUGGCUUUAG